CGCAACCGGAUGAGAUGUGGUGAAUGCAGGAAACCAGAGGGAGAUACGCCGUGUAUAUAUACAGCACCUGAGCGAGCGAGCGAACGAGCGAAUCUUGUCUUUCGCUCCCAUCUUCGCUCGCACUUUCGCUCCCAGCUUUCGCUCCCGGCUUCGACGCCCACAGCACCCGCAAAGAUAAUCCCCCUUCCCCACGAGGAGCCUACCGCAGAAUGGCCUCCAACGCCGAGAACUCAGCUGUCCUACAGGAAAUCCUCUCAUCGCUCAAAAGCCUCCGCCUCGAGCAAACCCAGCUUGCCAGCUCCGUCGAAGCCAUCAACGGCCGAGUCAACGCCCUAGCCGGCGUGAAGCAAUCCCGGGACGGCAUCGCUCACGACGCCUCCUACCCCAGUCCCAACAUCGGACCCGUGAGCCCCAAACUGCCCGCCCGCGGCCAUGCGUCGAGGGACAGCGUGGGCUCUGUCGAUGGCUAUGGCAGGAAUCUCAAUGGUGCUUCUUCGCAGCAGCCGCUGUCUUCGUCGCCUCGGCGGGGCAGUACUACUUCCAAAAUCAUUUUGACCUCUUAUCCUGGGCAGGCGGGUGUGGAUCCCUUGCCUAUGGAGUGGGGGGCGCAGGACGCGCAGAAGCGAGGACCCGUCGUCGUCUCUCGCAGCAACAAUUCUAUCCGCAGACGAAAUGCCAUCGGUGCACAUGGUGGCUCCUACAGUAUUUACUACGCUCUUGCAGUCGCUUCUCACCAACUAGACACCGAGCAUAGACCCGAUUACACCAACACCGAGCCGGCGGCGAACAUUGGACCUUUCAAAACAUGGGCCGAUCCGAAGAAGAUCGUUGCCAUGGAUCCGUGGGGUCACUUGGGACCCUGGUUGUUCAAGGAUAUCCUGAAGAACGACGGGGUUGAGAUCCGGCCUACCAUCGCCGUGACGCGAGCUCACAUGAAAGUGCCCGAGCUGGAGGAGAGUGUUCGACAAGGACGCUUGAUCCCGGACGGCAAGAUCUGUCUCAACGAGACGGGCGAGCUGAACGUCACCAAAUUCGCCGUCGAGCCAGUCUGGUAUCUGCCAGGAGUGGCGGAACGCUUUGGCAUCGAUGAGGGCACUCUUCGACGCUCGCUGUUCGAAAACACCGGCGGCAGCUACCCGGAGCUCAUCACCCGCGGCGACAUCAAGCUCUUCCUGCCGCCCAUUGGUGGUCUGACGGUCUACUGCUUCGGCGACCCGGCCAAGAUGAGUGACCCGAAUGUGAAGCUGGCGCUCCGCGUGCACGACGAGUGCAACGGCUCCGACGUCUUCGGCUCGGACAUCUGCACUUGCCGCCCCUAUCUGAUCUUCGGAAUCGAGGAAGCAGUGAAAGAAGCGCAACGCGGCGGCAGCGGCGUCGUCAUCUACUUCCGCAAAGAAGGCCGCGCACUAGGCGAAGUGACCAAGUACCUGGUGUACAACGCGCGCAAGCGCGGCUCCGACAAGGCGAGCGAGUACUUCAAGCGGACCGAGAAUAUCGCUGGCGUCAAGGACAUGCGUUUCCAGGCUUUGAUGCCGGAUAUUCUGCACUGGUUGGGGAUCACGAAGAUCGAUCGCAUGCUGAGUAUGUCGAAUAUGAAGCAUGAUGCGAUUGUUGAGCAGGGCAUUCCGAUUCUCGAGCGCGUGCCCAUCCCGGAUGAUAUGAUUCCCGAAGAUAGCCGGGUGGAGAUUGAUGCGAAGAUACAUGCUGGGUAUUUCACGACGGGUAAGGUGAUGACGCUGGAGGAGUUGAACAACGUGCAGGGCCGAGCAUGGGAAGACGUCGACCAUUAGAGACCAGCAAGACGAUUGCCAUAUGCUCAAGGCGCGUAAGUCGCUGUCAUCAUCUCUAAUAUCAAAUCAAAUCAACAUCAUUCAAGACUCUGCCUCCCGACUCCAAU